AUGUCGAGGAACAGAGAGCUGAAUAUGACGCAGAUGAUCGAGCGGGCUUUGGAUGGGACUUGGGAUCUGCCGGCUCUCUGUGACGAGUUGAAGAAACGAGAUGCGAAACACGCAAGAGGCACACCUUCAAGGCUGGUGUAUACCAUGCACCGCACUAUAAUAUGCAAAGCCCUUAUGAUGAGGCUCAAACCAGACCCAAAGGGAAUGGUGCCUAAGGACUUUGUUCACGCGUGGGUAGCCACGUUCUGCCUGAAACAUGAUAUCGCCAUAGUGAACCAGACGAAGCUGACUUCUACAUUGAGAGCUAUAUAUCCAGAUGCCUUGGUGAGGCGGAAAUUUAUACACGGGAACCAGGUGGAGAUGUACGUUGGAAUUACUUAUUUAGGAGAAGAUCCGGGCUGGGAAUACCAGGGAAUAGUCGAGUUUCCAAACUAUUCCAUACCAGAGAUCGUGAAGAUGUGGACCGAGGUGGUGAAGGGACUGGACGGAGAAAAGACGCGAAAUGGCCACGAAAGUGACGAGCAGGCGUUUUGA